AUGGAGAAACCAGUAGAUAGAAUUACCGUUGAAGUGAACGGAGUCCAGCAUAUCAUUUUCAACACAAGUCCAAAAACAUCUUUAAAUGAAUGGUUGAGAUCACAGCCUGGGUUGAAGGGUAAGGUCUAAGGAACACAUUUCUAUUGUGGGGAUGCGGGCUGAUUCUCUGGUGGGCGGGCGAGUGCUGACUGAAUGAUCUUAUCCAGAAUUCUACUUCUUUGUAGUUCUUUGUUAUUUCUUGCAGAACCAAUUACAUUCAUAUUAUCUGUUAUAGUGACGAGUGUUAAUUUUUCAAAUCUGGCGGGGGGUUGUAAAAGAUAAAAAUUGUGUUACAAAUUAAAAUUGGGAAUUCUUAACGUAAAAAAUUCAUGACUUGAAUAAAAAUCCAUUAAGGAAACACGGAACAUGAAUUUUGAAGAUGCACUUAGGUCUGCUUUCCCUAUGUCCAAACAGUUUGUUUCUGAUGGCACUGUUAUUCAAUACCUGAUGAUGACAUGUGAAUAUAGAAGUGUCUCCAAUCGUCAAGCCAAACAUGAUUGGCUGAUUUGUGGUCAUGUUGCGUUAUAUAAAUGCAAUGUAUCCCGCCGGACAACAAGUGAAAAAUUGACCGGCUACGUACAUGAAUAAACAAGUUUAUACACUCCAAAUUUGUGGUAAAAUAAAGAAUAUGUAAAAGAGAGAAAAAUACACCACCAGCAACAUGAUAUGCUGCUAAAACCAUUUCAGUAGGUUCUUUUAAUUUUAAACUCGUUUACAGUUUUGUGUUUUUGUCAUGAGAUACAAUUAUUGUUGAAUGAAUGUUGUUGAUUUUUCUUUUGUCGCUAUAUAAAAAAACACUGUUCUCUCGGUAUGUAUUCCCUCGAAUCUCAAUGUUUACAAUAUUCUAAUCUACCACACGCACGUCUAUCAAGCCGUGUAAACUUAAUGUGUCCAGAAGCGUAGCCAUGUGGCGGGAUUGGAUGGGGGCGACUCCCCCACUCUCUUUUAGGACCACCUUUGAGAAAUGUCGCUAAUUUGCCAUCGCCGUCGCGUUUCCCAGGAGAGCAUGCCCCCCCCGCUCCCCCCCCCCCUACUAACGUUCGCGGCACCCACCCAACAGUAUCUUCAUUACGCCAUUGAUUGUUCCUCCUCCCUUCUGUAUCGCUGGCUACGGGACUGAAUGUGUUCUUUAGCAUGGUCGAUCCAGGCACGAUCUAGUGAUCCUAAUGUUAUAUUUUCACUGUCUUUCAUAACGGCCAGUUAUGCACACGUUCAUUUGACAUAUUUCUGAUACUAGGAAAAGGGCAUAUUUAUUAAUUUCAUGAUUGAAUGUGUUUAAUAUCACCCUGCAGGUACAAAAGUGACAUGUCAAGAAGGAGGAUGUGGCGCGUGUAUUGUCGCACUGACAAAACAAGAUCUGAGCACAAAGAAGGACAAAAUUAUUGCCGUCAAUAGUGUAAGAUUUAUUUUUCAUUUUACUAAGUAACUUUAUUAUAUAUUUUACUUCUAUAACCAGGUUGGAAAAUUUGAAAAUUGGAAAGACUUUUAUUUUCAGGGCAUCGAAGUUCUGAUCCCCAAAAUUGGAAAGACUUUUAUUUUCAGGGUAUCGAAGUUCUGAUCCCCAAAAUGUCAGUGGUGGUUCUUAGGCGUGGCUCCCAUUCACUCCCCGCUCAUGAAAUGGAACCAUUUUUGAUAUUUGUAGCAGAGGCCGUUGAUUAAAUCAUAAAAACUAAAGAUUGAGGUUUUUAAUUUGGGUGCUCAUAUGUUUUCCCCGAACUGAAAUGACUCUAGAAACUGCCUUGUCUUCCUGGGUCCACAAGGUCCUGAAGGGAACAUGAGAUAUUUUGUGUUAAUUAUCAACAAUCAGUAACUGUCAGGACAUGUAACUGUCAUGUAACCAAACCUGUUGUUGCACUUUUCUGUCUCACGCGGCAUGAACAGUUGUGCAUGGUGGGACUGUAUCAAAGAAAAAAAAAGAGGGAGGAGUCGCAAGUGAAUGGUGCUCGACAUGGUACUGAUAUUUUGGUGCUGAAAUCUCUGACAGAGAUCGUUCGAGAUUAGUUCUCUGCUGUGCUUUUGGCUACUAUAGCUAGACAGCUGCGUAUUGAGGAAGAUUCAACUACGUAUACCUGAAAAUAUAUACCUCAAAUUCAAAUUGUCCAAUCAAAAAACAGCAUUUGUAUCACGUAACGAUGUGAUUUUUUACAGUAUUUCACUCAAAUUCAUGAUAUCUCGUUCGCGAGCUGUUGUUUGUAAUUUCGUACAGAAGAUUUAUUGAUUUAUGUUAUUGAAUUAUGUUACUUUAAAUAAUCCAAAUGGUACACACUGAAAUAUUUUAAAAGAAAACGUUAAAAACUCAGGUAUACAUAAGAAACUAAAAAUUGUAUUCGCUUAGUUAAUAUUCAGCAAGUUUUAAAGUUCAUUCUGAAUCUAGUGGGAUUCGUCGAAAUAUUACCCCGUAGCUAGACCGAUAAUUGGGCGGGGGGUGGGGGGUGUUUGCAUAUUCAUAUAUUCGUGUUCUGCCCGACGGAUUUCUUUUGAAAGCGAUUGUUUUCACGGUAUAUGAACAUGAAUAUAUGAAUAUGCACUCCCCCAAUUAUCGCGUCUAGCUACCGUCCUGUCCCUCAGUGAUGAUAUGGGUAAUAUUUCGCCGAACCCCCCUCACCCUGGGUGUAUAAAUAACAAAAUAAUAUAAGCUAAUGCGUGGCUGUUUUCGUUGGGUUCUCCAUUUUUCCAGUUCUCCAAACGCUUUUUUUACGUGAUCUUAAAAUAUUUUCUUUUACAGUGUCUCUUUCCUUUAUUUGCUGCUGAUGGGUUUAAGAUUACAACGACCGAAGGAUUGGGCAGGUAAGGCCUUAUAAGAGAUUAGGUCGGCUAUGUUUGAGCGAAAAUGAAAGUGCGCGAGUGAAAAGCGCGGAUUUUGGUGCAAAUACAGCAGUACAUGGGGGAGGUGGAAAAUAAUUGACGUUUCUGCAACGAUUGCGCAAUAUGUCAAAUGAUUAAUAUUUGUUGACUGGUUAGUGCAGAUAGGGGCUCACAUCCCCAAUUUUUUUUUUUUUGGGGGGGGGUGUAAAAUAUUUUGGGACCGACUUUUUACAUGUUUACAUUUGCAAGCGACGCGUUACCCUGGUUGCCAGAGGUUCUGUAUCUUUCGCCUUAUUCUCGCUCGUAUUUAUUUUACGCGAGGCGAAGAGAACCUCUGGUGGCACGCGAUACAAAUCUCUCUUCCACGCUGACGUUGCCGUUUGAGAACUUGCAAAACCAGUUUUAUAUUUUGUGACGUUUUUAAAUUCCGGGUUUGUCAUUCUACCAAAAUAGCUCUCUUCAGACUGUUUGGCAGUCUUGUGUAAAAUAUUAAAAAUGACAAAAGCAGCCCAAACAUGUAGAUUAUUCAUUAGAAACAUGCAGUCGUAGAUUAUUCUCGCAACGCUCAAAGCAAAAAGCAACCUUACUGACUGUUAAAUUUGUGGAAUGCCGUUUGUAUUAACGAACGUAUAUAAAGUCAAAAGUGAAAGAAUAUAAGUAUAUAAAUAUUUAUAUAUGUGUGUGCAACGGAGCCAGUAUGUUCGUUUUCUUAACAGACAACGGGAAAAUAUUGGCAAAAUAAAUCAUAUUAAUAACUAUUAAAGUCAAAGAAUUACCAAAAUUUAAAGCCUUGAACGAUAUAAAGCAAGUGACCAACACUUUAUAUUUUACAAAUAUUAAUACUGUAAUAGAGUGAACAUGUCAUGCCGUCAACCCAAGUCAUGCCGCGAUGGCAGCUCUUCUCCAGCGCAGAAAAUCUUUUUAUAGCGGAACAAAAGUAGUUAAUCUCAAAUAACCCACACCAAGCAAAGCAUUUUAAUACGUUCGUAUUAUUUCUGUAUUUUGUUUACAUUAUGUUCUCUGAGAUUUAUAAACAGGUUUUUUUGUCUAGCCAAUCACAUCACUUCAUGUGACUGCUAAUUAUAACUAACCAAUCAUGUGCUUGGUACCAAUUUUGUACCAAAGGAAGAGAGAUUUGUAUCGCGUGCCACCAGAGGUUCUCUUCGCCUCGCGUAAAAUAAAUACGAGGGAGAAUAAGCCGAAAGAUACAGAACCUUUGGCAACCAGGGUCGCGACGCGUAUAUAUAAAGAGGGAAAUAAUACUGACCAUCGAAUCUCCGAAAUGGCAUUUCUAUGCCAUUGGAUUGUUUUUGCCAUAGUAGCCUUUCCCACAAAAAUUUUGUAAAGAAAUAAAUCAUGCAUAAAUUCAAUGUGCCGAGUCAUUUGCGAUCAAUAUUUCUGUCCACGAUUACGUUUAUAUAUCUCUAUGAAUCUUGAAAGAUGGUUGUAUAAAAGGUGCAAAAAUAUUUGCAAAAUUUAAGUCUCUAGAUUGUUUGCCUCUUUCGUUCGGUCCUUUUCAAACUAAAUUGGUACACCAGUUCGGUAUGCAGCGCGGAAACGAUGCUGAUUCAAAUAAAAUCUUUAUUAAUUUAUUUGGACACGGAAAGAAAACAAUAAGUUUACAGUUUACGUAAUGUUUAUACCGGACGGACGGUACCGACAAAAUUGUCCGUUUGGGACCGAGUUUUUGGACAUUUCUCAAUAUUACGGGGUGUAACAGCCCUCCCCCCCCCCACACACCCCUAAAGGCCUAAUUCCACGACGAGCGAAAUGCGAAAAAUUUCGCGCGAAAACCCCAUUUGUGCGAAAAUUUUCUCUCGUAGUGAUUUCCACAGAAGAGAAAAUAUUCGCCCAAAACACAAGCAUUUGAUUGGUUUCGCUAUUUCCGUUUCGCAACGGAGUAGAAACGAAUUCAACUACCCGGCGAAAAGAAAUAUUUCGCGGAGAAACAUUCCAAAAUCAUGUUGCGCAUGCGUUCAACCUUUUUAAGCGAAAUUUUUCGCAUUUCGCUCGUCGUGGAAUUAGGCCUUAAUAUGCGCCCCUGAGUGCAGAAAAAGUAUUUUUGAGCGGUUAAUUCGGUGGAUUAUAGUAAUAAAGGACUUCCAAAUUUACUCACGUCCGGCGAUACAUGGCAAAAUCAGUUAAUUCUAAAACGUCGUAAAUUGGCGUUUCUUCUAUAUACAGUCACAGAAAACUACAAACUCAUGUUGCGAUCUUUAGGCAGUCUAUAUGUUGAGAAUAUAUUAAUGCUUUACGUUCUAUCAACUAGACCAAACUUCACAGUAAUAAAACUUUUAAACUUGUGUCUAAAAUUGAGUGCGAUAAAUUUUGUCAAGAAAUUAUGAAGUUAGCCUCGAUUUGCUUGUGUGCCGGUAAUGCGUUCAAAUAUGCGAGAAAAAUUGCACUUAAUAUAUUCCUAGCAUUACUUUGUAAAUCCCAUUUUCGAAAGCAUUUUGAUUAAUCGUGCUUUUUCGUUCGUUCUGCAGUAGUCGUUCUGGAUAUCAUCCUAUCCAAGAACGCAUUGCAGAACACAAUGGCAGUCAAUGUGGAUAUUGUACGCCGGGAAUGGUUAUGAACAUGUACAGGUAAGAAGUAUAGUGUUGCAAUCAAGUUUACAAUUCACGAACCCUACAUGUACCUCCUGCGCAGGCGUUUCUGCGGGCGGAACAAAUUAGGGAGUGAACACGCGAUCGGAAAAAAAUUGGCGGGUGACUUGCGAAAUGCCCGCGAAGAACAUUAUUCGCGGCAGACCGGAAUCGUUCGAAAUAUGAAAUUUCAAUUUCCAACCUGCCAACGAGCGUACUCUGCCUUACGAAAUUUGGGAAUUCAUUGAUUUACGGCCUGUGGAGGAGGUAGUCACGAACCGAAUUCCCAUGCAAAAGCUAAAUCAAGUUCAGCAUUGUUAUAGCUUAAUCAAGUUCAGCAUUGUUAUAGCUAAAUCAAAGUUCAGCAUAUUGUUACAGCUAAAUCAAGUUCAGCAUUUCCGAAAUAUACUGACACGUAUGUAUUAAAAUCUGAAAUAUACUGACACGUAUAUAUUAAAAAGGAAAGACAUUGCUUUGGAUUUAAAGCUGAUACUACAAUCAAAAUAGAAAAUAGGUCAGAAAAAAUUAGUAAGAAGCCAAAAAUUAGCGUAUGCACUCUCUUCAGCAACCUAAUUGAUAACAUACUAAAAGUCCUCAUGUAUCCUCUUUCUGCAUUAUGACAAUUUUUUGUUCGAUUUCCCUAGUGAACUCCUAUAUUGUUAAAAAAGUGAAAUUUCAGAUUCAUUUAUAGGAAAAAUAAGUUACAUCAUUAGAAAAGUUAAAAAAAAACUACAUAUAAGACAUUUAAUCGGCUACCUUGAUUUUGCAAGUUCUUCUUGAGUUAUGAGCUGUUGGAAACGUGUUGUCAGACUAGUACCCAGGAUUUUUGCCAGAUUUUGGCCUAUUUUUCACAUUUGGAAUAGCAAUAACUCGAAAACCGCUUGAAAAAUUUAGGUGACUGUUUAAAUGUCUUAUAUGUAGUUUUUAUGAGCUUUCUAGUGAUGCGAGUCAUUUUUGUUAUGAGUGAAAUUAUAGAAAUUUCACGUUUUUUAACAAUAUAUGGGAGUAAUAGGGAAAUCGAAAAAAACCUUGUCAUAAUGGAAAAAGCUCCAAGAGGAUACAUGGGGACUUUUAGUAUAUUGUUCAGGAUAGUUAAAUUAUUGCAUCUAACAAUUUUUAGCUUUUUACUAUUUUUUUCCCAACUUUGGCUUUAAAAUGAGCUAAAAUUACUGAACUACGAGGUUUAGCUAAGCAAGCCACAGCUACAGUACUUGACAAAUGCAGACUUGCAUGUUACACACUUGACAGUUGAGGAAAAGAAACGGGUAGUGACGUUUGUAACGGUCUGUGCCAGUGUAGCUAUAGUGCUAGUAGUAAGAAUUAAAGCUUCGGAUUGAUAGGGAUGCAAGUACAAGAAAAAUACAAGGAGAACUUCGAGAAAGGCCUUCGAGGAAGUUAGGCUCCGUUUACACGAGACUGGAAGAAAUCAAACCGGGACCAUAUCGUUUCGGUCAUAGUAUUAUUUAUAAUAGAUGUUUACAUGAGACCGGGACAAAGAUAACUCAGACCGGUCUCAAGUCGUUCCGCUUGCUGGACCGAACCGAACCUUUCCGUUUAUAGUACAAAAUUAAAUGACUGAAAAUUGCAAAUUUCGCAAGGCUAUGUUAUCCGCAUUUUACAAUAUUUCGCAACGAAACAUUGAAAUAUUACCAAUUUUGUGAUGCUCUUUCAAGCUAUGAUGAAAUUUUUGUCUAGAUCAAAAUUUAGUCUACUGUAUAAUGCAAAUGGCCAUUAAUGUAAACACAUUGUCAAAUACAUUUCAGAUCGGUCUCAGCUGUAACCUUGACAUCGGAACAACAGAUGAUAACAAAAGCCAUCUAAAAAAGAAAAUUGCCUAGCAAGGGGAAUAAAUGGAAACUUUUGUGAUUUUCAUACUGGUCUCAUGUAAACAUGUUGACAAUUUCAAUUUUCAUUCCGGUUCGACUUCGUCCCGGUCUCGUGUAAACGGGUCCUUAAUAGUCGACCAAGGGCCUUCGCUCGAAACGUCGAGGUUCUCCUUGUAUUUUUCAGUUAGUUGCGACCUAUCAAUCCAAAAGUUUCUUAUAUAAUAAUAAAAUAAAUAACAAAAAUUAGUAAUGUUAUCUGAUGACCUGACGUUUGGGUGAAGCGAAAUUUCAAUGAAUCAAGAGUUGCUCUCAUUGUUCUUCUAAAGGCCUGUUUAAACGGAUCCAACAUUGUUGGACCAACAUCAUCCAACAAUGUUACUAUACUAGAUAUGACUGCUUCUCUUUCAAAUCUUUUUGGUUAGAUAAGCUUUACUCAAACCCUAAACCUAGUCUUGACAAAAUAUUUGAAAAAGAAGCCGUUUGAGCCAUUAUUUCAACAAUGUUGGAUGAUGUUGGCCCAACAAUGUUGGAUCCGUUUAAACAGGGCUUAAUUGUGAUGACUGCAUGCAGUUUCUUUCCUUUUUGUUUUAGUUUGCUUUCUGAAAACGCCCAACCUACUAAGCAAGAAAUUGAAGAUGGUUUUGACGGCAACCUAUGCCGUUGUACUGGUACGGUAUGACGUUGUUUAAAAUAUUAGAGACCUUAAUAUUGGCGUAUUGUUCGCAAACGUGUAAGCGCUAACUGCUAGAAACCGCGUCAUGACCAGGAGCUCGCCAUCGCGUUUGCCGUAAAUCGCUCACGUUUUAAAUCUCAAGAGUGCAUUCUACAGGUAAGUGAUUUACUUCAGCAUUUUAUUCAAAAACUGUUAUUACUUCAUAGCACGUAUAUCACAGAUACAUAUACAUCUUAUCUUUGAUUUGGAUGGAUUAAAGUUGUUUAUAACGGGAAAUGUCAUGAAAUUGGACCAUUUAUAAACAACAUGGCGCCCAAUUUAGUUACUAUAAUAUACUUAAUGUUAAACAGACAUGAAAAUUUCGAUUGUUUCAACAUUUUGUGCCUGAUUUUGGUAUGAUAAGUUUCUUAAGUUGAGGUUUGUUUAUUUUAAGUCAUGUUUUGAAUAAUUUUAAUGGAACCAUUCCGAUGGAUCCUGCUACAGUUUUGGCGGUUUGCGGUUAGGCGUAAAUAAAACAAACGUCAAUCUUAUAAGGUCUCUAAUUGUUGAAGGGAUGUGUACAUGGAAAUGCCAUGCAGUGGAAUUUUUAUACAUUUCUUAGACCUAACCAGGUGCAGUUGCGAAAAAUGCAACUAUAUAGGCCCUCUGGCAGGAAUCGAACAUGCGGCCCUGCGAUUCCGGUGAGCGCCGUUACCACCUGAGCCACAUAUGCUGACAGUUGUCAAGCUCUAUAACCACAAGUUAUUGCUUGUUUUUAGAUACAGGCUUACGGAUAAUAGAGAACUUUAGAUUACGACUGCGACUGCCAGCUUCGUUUAUUUGGAUACGCAAUAUUCCUACGUCAUCGUGUUAAAUCUCGCAACCGUGGCCAAAUUGACAACGCGAUUUUUGAAAGGUCUAGCAGUAUAACAAGCACGUACUACCAGAUUAUGGCGUGCGUACGUAAUGGCGUAAGAUGAUGGCGAGCAUGUGGAAACAAACGAAUCUCGCAGUCGUUCUCGCAGUAAAAUGUGAACCUCCCAAAUAUUGCACUUGGCGAUACUGUUCUAUUUGAGCUAUUAUACAAUUAAUUUCACAGGUCCAACAGCCCGCGUGAGCCCAUGAGCAGGCGUGCACGUGUUGUUAAGUGUUCCAAUACAUCGAAUAUUCACCCAAUAUGACUUGAAAUAUUCAUAUCCCUAUCAAAUAAUUGUAUGUUUAGGUUUCCGUCCCAUUCUUGAUGCGAUGAAAUCAUUUGCAAAAGAUGAGAAUCCUAUUGAUAUCGAGGUAUAUGGUAACAUAAUUUUGUGACCAUAUAACACCUCAUUUAAUUCUGGUCAUACGUAAUUGGCGGAUUAUGAUCCCGUGAUAUGAAAUUAAAAUUACCAUUUUGCCGUGCAUGCAAUAGUUCAAGUACCAUUGCACGUUAGGGUUUAAUUUACUUAAUUAAUUCAUUCAAAAUCAUUUAACUAUAAUUUUCAUACUGAGACCGAUGGAAUUAAAUUCAAAUAAAUUUUUAACUCGUGCCAAGAAAAAUAGCCGGUAUCGCCUCGUGAAAUGGAAAAUUCCGUCUUUCGUCUCAUGAAAAUAUUUUUACCAUUGCACUCAUAAACAUUCAUUGGUUGUAUUCUAUGCUCUGACUCUUUUACUGCAUGGAUGACAUGUACAGCAGUAACGAAAGUCUUUCACUCAUGUUCACUCUGGAACAUGAGCCCCGUGUACGGUUAAGUGGUUCAUGAUCAACGCAUACAUGUGUGCUAAUCGCCUUCCAAUGAGGCUGUAUGCUAAAUUGCAAAGGACGUACCCGAACGUUAGCGACUUGAAGAGUUACUAUAUAUAUAUAUAUAUAUAUGCGACCUCUGGCUGCCACCGGCUGCUACGCAAUAUUCCAAAUCUAUGAGGACUGAACUAGAUUUUAAGGUCCGCGCAAUUUGAUCAAGUCGAGAGGCGAAACCGAGGACGAUGUGCGAGUACACUCUAAGCAACAUGUUGCCUCAUUAUGUUUCCAGGACCUUCAAAGAUGUCAAGGCAAAUGUUGUGGUGAGACCAGAACUUGUCAUGGUUGUUGUUUCAAUCAAGAACAAAUUUCAGCUCCAAUGUGGUUUAAACCCGCGUCUUUAAAAUAUCUAUAUACGAUCCUGAAUGCACAUUCAUCCGACUCAGUUAAAAUGGUUGUUGGUAACACUGGGAAAGGUAAUUCAUAUUAUACAAUAAUUUAUUUGAACCGAAUUUACAUCGUCGUCAUGUGGCGCCCUGCAUGCAUCUAAGGUCUCUAAUUUAAAAAAAAAUCGGGAAAACGAGCACUGACUAGUGAUCUCACCGAGCACUGAUCGAUCCAUGUACAGAUCCGCUGUACACUGUAAGAAACUAAUAGGUUAAUAAAACAACAACAAAAAAUAGGGUUUUCGAGAUGAUUCAAGACAGCCUGUCUAAAAUAGGUUGUUUGUAUACUAGGUAAAAACAACCCAUUUCAAUCAUAUAUAGGUUAUUUUAACUAAUUUAUAUAUGUUCCGGCCUAUUGAAUUGGUUAAAACAACCUAUUUUUAUUGGCCAUAGCCUGCGUAGCAGGCGUUUAGCUGACGGGCGGGUACAGAGGGAACGGCUGCCCAAAUUGGCUAUGACAGUUUGUUUUCGCCCAUUAAGGAUGAUUGACGUUUUGUAAUUAGCACCUUCACCCAUUAUCCAAUCAUAGUCGAGAUUUAUAUUUAGUAUCAUGCAUGCUUUUUGCUCGGCAACUACGGAGAUUUGCAGAGAUUUUAUGCACUAUUUAAAACACAAGCAGCAGUGUUUUAUCAGAUAUAAAGAUGGUCUGAUAAUACACGCACUGCGAAUGUUUUAAAUUGCUUCAAAAACGAUCGAUCUAGUAUUACGUUCAUUGGCGAUGUAGCUUUCAAAAAAUUCGGUGUGUAUAUGUAGCUAGAGAAAAUCAUUAAAAUUUAUGUAAAUCAAGGGAAAUCUCUAUCACAUAUCACGGAUACGACACGUUUAUGAUUUUUCUUUGUGUUUUCCUCAUGAAUUAUUAAUGAUUUUUGAAGCUAUUUUAGACAACAGUCAGUCACAACGUGCACAGAGCUUUUAUCUUUUAAAAGACUCCUGAACCACGGUUGUUUAACGUAUUCUGCCGUAUAGCAAAUAUAACAGUUGAGCAUGUUUUGAAAUGUUAUUCGUAAAAUCAUCAUUCAACCUCAUAGCUGCAAUGCCAAGUGAUAUAGCCUCAACUAUCUGGUCUUGAAUUAUACUUUAAGGUGGAAAAAAUAACAAGACAACUAUAUUAAAGAAAUAUUCAGGAUAUAUUUAAAAUGUAUAAUUGAAAUAUCAAACUUUUCCGUAUUCCUUAGGAAGAAUCGCGAUAACCGGCGUCUUCACCACGUAGCAAAUUAAUAAUAUACUUUCUCUGUUCUGGUUCAACUGAAUUUUCGAAGCCUAAAUACUUGAAAUAUAAGAAAGUUUCCUCGAAAGCAUUAGAGUAAACAGGCGGCAUAUUUUUGAUACGCGACUAUAUAAAACGCGUCAACGCGAGCAAAAUUAUUGUUGACAUUUGAGUUACGUAAUUACUUCCGUUAACGAGAUUAACCAAUGGGAAGCUUUUCCGAAGAUUCUUCGGAGAAGAACAAAUUAAUCAUAGGCAUUUGGGCAGGCGUUUAUUUAACGACGCCCUUUCUUCUCCCGCCCGCACUAAACGCCUGCUACGCAGGCUAUAUUGGCCAUAGCCAAUCUUUCACAAUUGGUCAAAUAAUAAUAUUAGGUUAUUUCAAUUGUUUAUACUGGUUCUAACCUAAUAAAAAACAACCUAUACUACACUAAUAUUGCAUGCAACCUUUAAAAAUAAGCUAUUUUAACCUACCAGUUUUAACAGUGUACUAAUUAUACAUUAUAUCAAAUCUGCUGGAUAAAACAAUCUGAUAUUUAGGUGUUUACAAGAAUGAUGGUGACUUCGACGUUUACAUUAAUAUAUCCGAUGUCUCUGAAUUGAAUGUCAUACAGGUAACUAUGUGAAAAGGUCCCUCUUUGGAAAUCACUCUUGUGCGUUAUGGACGUUGGAAGUAUUUACAACUUCCCUUCGUCCAAAUAAUUUAAACCCUGGUUUCCAUAUGACGCGGACAAGUCGCCGCAGAAUAGCGCAACCAAAACUACAAUAUGUUUUAAUGUCUCACUUGCAUCAGCUUGCAUCGUCGCCCCACAUUCUUGUAAAUUUCGCUCACUGAAUAAAGUCACCAUCUAACACGUUACAUGUAAACUAGAAAUACAUGCAUGCAGCAACCCCUCGCAUGUAUUUUCCAAACAUUGAUUUAACAUGAAGUAUUAGUAAUUGAUUAACACUGAACCUGUGACUGAACGCAGGCUAGCGUUUACGUCAGUGUUGCCAUGGCAACACGAUAAAUUUAAUUUUUAUUAUAUUUUUUGUACAACACGACAAAAAUAGUUGAAAGAUUAUAGCUUUUAACUAUAUAACAAUGAAUUUCCGAAAUAUGUACUGUAGGUAUGUUGUUCUGCAUUUUGUGAGCUUUGAUAUAAUGUAAAAUUUAACGUGAAUCGCUUCGUAAAAUGUUUUGAAAUGUUCAUUUUAAUAUUAAACUAUAAGGAAAGCAGUGCAUGUUUUACGCAAUAAAUUAAAGCAACAAAAUUCAUAAACAUUAAACAUUCAAAGCAAACUUGCCCUAUACCACGAUUUUCCACAGUAAAUCAAUUCUAGCUUCUCAUUUCUUCAAACAACAAUUGCUUCAAAGCUCAUUGUGUGAGACGUGAUUUUCCAAAUAUAUGCUUUUGAAAAUUGAAAUCUUGCUUAUCCCACUCCUGGGAAACAGCCAUAUUUUUGAGAUCAGUCAGGAUGACCACCCACGGUUGGUGGCCGACGCCCGCGCUUAUUGAUGAACUUUAGACUUGGCUAAUACUUCCCUUUCCCCGGGUGUAAAUAGCCGGGGGGAAUUAGUACCCUCGCUCGGCGCUUCGCGCCGUCGGCUCGGGGAUAAAGGAAAUUCAAAGAAUUUUCUCAAAUGUGUCAUGAAUAUUUGUUGUAGGUGACUGACUCCGCCCUGCAGCUUGGUGCCGCACUUUCCCUAAAUACUAAUCCAAGAAUUGAUGAACUGUUCUCAGAAAUCCAAGUCAUUUGA